UCAUCAAUCCGAUGCGUUCCAACUUUGUUCUUUUGUGUUUGGUCUGGAAGUGAUUGAUUACACCUUCAGCCUGAAAACGGGUUCUUUUGUUUGCGUUAAUGGGUCACCAGGGCUCGAGUCGCUCUGUGGCUUCCAGACUUCCAGCUUGCGUAAAACCUGUGAAUGAGUAAGUGCCCCCGUUAUUAGCUCCACGGUGUCUUGUCAGACUUCAGCUGAUGCCGUUACCCCUCCCGGGUGCGUUCGAUCAAGGCGACCAUGACCACGUGAACGCUCAAACCCAUUACGGCCCCUGGCAGCGGCUUAUGAUCAGGCUCAUCUUGUGUAGAGGGAUUUUCUUCAAAUUGGAUCAGGCCCGCUUACAGGGGCUUAGCAUGACGUACUGCAACUUUGAGUUCAAUCACGAGGAUCCUCCACGGCAAUCCUCCACCUCUCCUGGAGAACGCGACGCCACAAUUAGCCUCACCCGUGUGUUGCGGAAGACAAAAAAACAAGUCGGGGGAAAUAAACCCGUGUGAAAUCUCCAGUUUCUGUCAUGAUGGGAGAGGAGAUCUUUUUCAAGAAAUAACACCGCUGAUCUGCUCCCGGGUCGUCCUGGGUUCUUCUUGCUGUGCUUCUUCUUUUUUUUCUUCUUCCCGUUGCUGUGGGAUGGAUCGCAGGCUGAGCUGACCCUCCCGUCCCGUUGGACCAGCCAGAGGAGACUUCCGACAGCCAAAGAGACGGCGAGGCUCUAGGUCACCAGUCGACUCUCGUCUUCUCACACCAAGGACAAAUCGAAACAAAAAAAAAGGUUGAACAAUGGCGUUGAUGUUGGUCAAGUUUGACCUGAAGAAGCGAGUGAAGCUCGCUCAGACGGUCUGGUUCAUGUACUGGUUCGCCGUAAUGGCCGGCGUGCUGGUCCUUAGCAUGGGCCUGUUCUUUAAGAUCGAGCUGCGGAAGCGCUCAGAACUUAUGGACAACAACGAGAGCCACUUCUUGCCCAACCUGCUCAUACUCAUGGGUCUAGUGGCCUGCGGCAUCAACGCCUUCGGGGGCAAAGUCUGCUACGACUCGCUGGACCCCACCAAGUUUUUAAAGUGGAAGCCCAUGUUGAAGGGCUUUUUGUUGUUCUGCGUGGGGUUCAACGCCCUUCUGGUGGCGACGUCCCUGCUGUGCUUCAUGAUGCGGAUCCCCCUGCAGUUCACCCUGGCCGAGGGGCUGAAGAACGGCAUGAGGUACUACAAGGACACGGACACGCCGGGGCGCUGCUACAUGAAGAGGACCCUGGACCUGAUGCAGAUAGAGUUUCGUUGCUGCGGAAACGAAAACUACAGAGAUUGGUUUGAGAUUCAGUGGGUCAGCAACCGCUACCUGGACUUCAGCUCAAAGGAAGUCAAAGACCGCAUUGGGAGCAACGUGGACGGCCAGUACCUGAUGGACGGCGUGCCCUUCAGCUGCUGUAACCCCAGCUCCCCCAGACCCUGCAUCCAGCACCAGAUGACCAACAACUCCGCGUACUACAGCUACGACCACUACACCGAGGAGCUCAACGUGUGGAAGCGCGGCUGCCGCUACGCCAUGGUGUCCUACUACGGCGGCUUGAUGAACACCAUCGGAGUCCUGGUGAUGCUGGUCACUCUGCUGGAGGUUGCCGUGACCAUCGGCCUGCAGUACAUCGACAGCUCCCUGUCCACGCUGGCCAACCCGGAGGACCCGGAGAGCGAGAGCGAGGGCUGGAUCCUGGAGAAGACGGUGAAGGAGACGUUCACCGACAUCAUGGACAAGAUGAAGUCCAUGGGUAAAGGCACCAAGGUGGAAGAGGGGGAGGAGGCGGGUGUCGCCACGGUGAGCUGAGCUAACCCCCCCC